UCAGUGUUUGCCUUUUUCUAAUAAUUGUAAAUAUUAAAAAGCAAGAGUGUCAGUUUUCAAGGAUAUAGGAACAUUCCAUUAUGACAAUUAAGAGAGACCCGUAAGAAUGAAACUCAAAUCCAAAUCUAUGCAAAUCCCACUUUCACAUUAAAGCCUUUUUUAUUUCUUCACAGGAAAGUGGUGGUGGUGGUGCAUUCAUGGAAUCUUAUAAAAGAUCAAGCUGAAAAGCACCCAAUACCUUCUUAAAAAAAAAAAAAAAGACCUUCUUGUUCAUUCUAUUGUUGAAGGGUGUUUUUCUGGAGAGAGAAACUUUCUUUCUUUCUUUCUUUCUUUCUUUUAGAGAUAGAGAUGAAGGAGUUGUUUGGGAGUCCAGGGAGAGUCAGUGGGCUGGGACUUAGAAUUGGGCAGUUUGCUUUUGCAGCUGCUUCAAUAGGAGUUAUGGUCUCUGCUCGUGGAUUCUUUAACUCCACUGCUUUCUGCUAUUUGAUUGCGUCAAUGGGGCUUCAAGUUCUCUGGAGUUUUGGGCUUGCAUGCCUUGAUCUUCAUGCUUUGAGAUCAAAGAGAAACCUGCAAAAUCCUGUCUUAGUGAGCCUAUUUGUUGUUGGUGACUGGGUUACAUCUAUUCUAUCACUUGCAGCUGCGUGUGCAUCAGCUGGAGUAACAGUUUUGUACACAAAAGACUUGCAUUACUGCAACAGACCGCCCUUUUUCCCAUGCAGCAGGUUCCAAAUCUCCAUUGCUUUGGCAUUUAUCUCAUGGUUCCUCCUUGCUAUAUCUUCUCAUAUUAUGUUUUGGCUUUUGGCUAACGUAUGAAUUAAUCAACAUCAACCACAUUGCAAUAUUCUUCAUUUUACCUAGUAAAUAUUGUUAUUUCUGGAACACAUCUGUUUUUCUUGGAAAUGUCAGAACUAUCCCUUUUUAAUAGCAAGUUUCUUAGGCCAACCCAUAUUUUUUGUUGCUAUCUUGUGUUGCAACAGCCUGUUUUGACAAGCUGAAGAUUGAGAAAAUUUGAGAGAAGAAACAUUGUUUUGCUGCUC